AUAAAGAAUGAAUAAAAACUGACUGUGACUGCUUCCCUAUUUUCAUAAAGGCCUCGUGUAAUUACAGACUAUCCAAAUAAUCAUUUAUCUCCUAUCUAGCUCCUAAACUGGUAAAAGCACUAUAAAUUAUCACUUUUGAUAAUUAGUAUCCCCUCGAUAAACGUAGGUAUGAAAGUAGGAAAGGUACGUGGAAUAAGUCAAAACUUUUAUUUACUCUUCUAAUAUACCUUCAUAAAGUUCUAUUAAAGAGCAAAUUAAGUAUAUUCUUUGGUACUAUGAUAGAUAACAGUUUGAGUUCGAGCAAUAUUUACAUGCCACACCUACCUUAAGCACGCUUUAUUAUUCGAAACCGAACUGGCAAUUAAAAUAUUUCCGUUUGCAUCUUGCAGAAAGCAAGACCUUUUUUUUUAGUAAGGAUACAAUCAUUAAUUAGGCCCUCAUUAAAAUGGACGACGUCAAGUAUAAACAAGUUCCGGUACACGAUCACUCGUGCUCACGGUAUCAAUCGGAAAACAUAAGUGAAAAUGUGAAAAUUAAUCUCAAUGACGUGGGUGAAGGUGAACAAAGAAAGGGAUUCUUUUUAUACCUCGCUGUGUGUCUAGCAAACCUAACUUCCUUCUCCAGCGGGGUGGUUUUAGGGUGGACUUCGCCAGUCAUUCCAAAACUAAAUGGAGAAAUUGAGCCAGAAAACAACCCUCUGCCCCACCCCAUAACAAUACAUCAACAAUCGCUGCUGGGUUCACUUUUACCACUUGGUGCCGUCCUGGGACCGCUUGCCGCGGGGCUGUUCUUGGAUCGAAUCGGGCGAAAGAAGUCAAUUCUAAUCUCAAGCUUACCGUUCACGACAGCAUUCGCGAUGGCAGUAUUUGCGCACGACAUCAAUUUAUUCUACAUUGUACGCUUUCUGUGCGGAUUAGCACUGGGAGGCGUCUUUACCAUUUUGCCGAUAUAUGUCGCCGAAAUCGGCGAAGACUGCAACAGAGGGGCGCUCGGAUCACUGUUUUCCCUUUUUAUCACUCUGGGAAUCUUAUUCUCCUAUUGUAUCGGACCGUAUGUUUCACUAGCCGCUUUCAACAUAAUUUGCCUGAUGCCUUCGCUCCUCUUUGUCCUCACUUUUCUUCUCCUCAUUCCAGACAGCCCCUAUUACCUAAUUGCGCGCAACGAUGAAGCAGGAGCAGCAAAAGCUUUAAUGAAGUUUCGUCAGAAAUCUUGUCGAGGGGUGCAAAAAGAAUUGUCAGAAAUUAAGACAAAUGUCGAAGUAUCUAUGCGAAAUAAGGGUAGAUAUACAGAUCUAUUUAGAUCGAAAGGUUUAUUACGAGCAAUGAUGAUAUCAGUUGGAUUGGUCAGCUUCCAGCAGCUCUGUGGGAUAAACAUCGUUGUAUUCUACACGCAAACUAUUUUCCUCUUAGCAGGCACUACGAUUCCAUCAGAAAUAUCGGCAAUAAUAAUCGGUGUAGUUCAGGUAUUGGCUGGCCUUUUCACUCCUCUUUUUGUCGAGCGGACAGGAAAACGAUUCAUACUCAUCUCAUCCGCUUUAGGCAUGGCGUUCGCUAUGGCUCUUCUGGGGUUAUACUUUUACAUCCGAAAUAGCCCAAUUGCCAAAGAUCACCUUUUCUGGUUGCCCGUCGCAAGUUUGAUUUGUUACAACAUUUCGUACUGUUUGGGAUUCGGUCCGUUACCGUGGGCCGUAGUGGGCGAACUGUUUCCAGCUAACGUUAAAUCGUUUGCUUCCACAAUAGCGGCGUCGAUCUGUUGGCUUCUGGCGUUUAUUAUUACGAAUAGUUUCGGCACCGUGACUGAGACAAUGGGAAUUCACGGAUCGUUUUGGUUGUUUUCCGGUUUUUGUACUUUGGCAUUCUUUUUUGUUUACUUUUUGCUGCCAGAAACGUCGGGGAAGACUUUACAAGAAAUACAAGCCAUAUUGAAUGGCGAAGAUUGCUCAUGAUAGUACGUUAAGUUACACCCAUUCGUGUUCAUUACAUA